AUGGCUCGCUUCUUACGCCUCCGUGGCGGGGCAAACCGUGGCCCAAUAGUGCUUACGCUGGACGAGGUUGAGUUUUUGAUUGAUUGUCUGCCACCGCCACCGGAAGCAAGCGCGUUACGCGGACGCCUGAACGCGCUCCUGGGCGCACUUCGCAGUGGACAGCCGGUACCGGCGGAGGUCGCAGGAGAGCGUCCUUCCUCAAGGAGCCCUUCGGUGGAUCACGAAGUUCGCGGCAGUCGCUAUCGCUCACCAGCACUCACAGUUGAUGCGGCAGUGCUUCGUGGACCGCGGGAGGCACUCGAGAUCCUGCUUGUGACGCGUGCUCGAGAACCUUUCAAGGGUAAGCUCGCGUUCCCUGGUGGUUUCGUCGAGUACAACGAGGAUCCUCAGGACGCUGUGGUUCGCGAGUUGGCCGAGGAAUGUGGUAUUCAGGCCAAGAACCCGCAGCUCGUGGCGGUGCGAGGACACCCCUCCAGGGAUCCGCGGCAGCAUGUCGUAACUGUAUGUUACAAACUGGAUAUUGAAGGACAGCAUGAGCCUCGCGCAGGCGACGAUGCCGCCAACGCCGGCUGGUACGCCGUCGAGACGCUCUUGAAGAGCCACGAGGGCCGUGCUCGCCUUGCGUUUGAUCACGCGGAUCUGUUAGCGCAACUGGCAGCGUGGCUUGACCAGCGACACCGACGCUGA